AUGGAGAAGAAGUAUACAUGUAGGAAGGCGAAUCAAGGAUGCAGAAUCGACAAGACUGAACGAUAUUUGUGUAGAUUGUGCAGAUAUAAGAAGUGUCUUCAAUUGGGAAUGACCGCGGAUAAUGUCCAAUGGAACCGAGAUAUGAUCUCAUCAACAGACCGUAAAAGACAAAGUGAUGACGAUGGAACUGAUAUUGACGCUUAUUUGGAUUGGAGUCCAGAAUCCAAAAAGUCGUGCCUGGAUGAUCCUCCACUUUACGAUCUAUCAAAAGUUCUCAACAAAAUUCACAAGACAUUUAUGGAGUUCAAAAUACCAGUGGAUGAUCCGGUUUAUCAAGCGACGAACACACUGGGAAAGAUGGAUUGGGCUUUGAGACGUCAUCGGAAACAUCAUAAGAUGCAAGACUUUCGGAUUGCAAAUACGGUUCGGCUGGAUCAACUGGUUGAUAUGUGGGGAAAUGAGAUGACAAAGGUCGCUGAAUUUAUGAUGCAUUCUGAGGAAUUUCGAGAACUUAGUUCAGAAGAAAAGUUCUCAAUUUUCAAAUUAGUAUGGCAGAUUUCGCAGAGAUUUGAGAAGUUGACUAUGUCAUUGGAGAUUUUUGGAAAGAGAGCAUUGGAAGAGAAAAUUCUAAUAACUUCCAACAAUACGGCCAUCCGAAUGGAACAUGUCGACGUGGAUCUUUCCAAAAUCACUGAUUACACUUCAAUCGAAUUGAGAAAGAUGUUCCAUCCAUUAUGUUCUCGUUUGUACGAUCACGUGGCUCGUCCACUUCUGGAACUGGAUCCAUCUUCAAUUGAAAUCAGUUUUAUGUUAUGUCAGAUUAUAUGGCACAUUGCAGGUAAAACAAUGCAAGGUAACAUCCUGAAUGCGGGUGAGAAGUUUAUUGCGAAAAUAGCCGAUGAUCUUCAUCAAUACUACAUGAAAGAGUACAAAAUGUCAAAUUAUGCUGGUAGACUUAUCAAACUUAUGACGAUUGUCAACAGUUUACAGAGAAUUCAUCUGGAUCGUCUGAAAUUAAUGAAACUUGCCAAGAUUUUCGAUGUUUUCAAGGUCAAGAUUACGGAUCCAUGCUUCUUUCAGGAUUAA